GUUUCUGUCCAACACGUCGUUUGACGGUCUGAGUGGUUUCAUCUCAUCCCAGGAGGAGACAGUGAUCUCCUCAGAGAGCCAUCACUUCAUCUGGUCCCUGCAACACGACCCCAUAGGGAAGCCCAUGUGGACCAGACUGGGCCGAUGGAAGCAUGACAGGGUGCUACUGGACUACACUGCCUGGACCAACAAACAGGCAUCCUAUCAGGGCGGGGACUGGAGAUACCUGUCGCGGCUCCACCUCCGGGUGGUGACGUUAGUGGAGCACCCCUUCAUCUUCACCCGGGAGGUGGAUGAGGACGGUCUCUGUCCCGCUGGUCAGCUCUGCCUGAACCCCCUCACCAACAACACAGUCCUGCUCCAGUCUCUCUUCCUCCAGAUGCGGGGGCCCAACGACAGCAUUCCCAUGGAGUAUAAGAAGUGUUGCUACGGCUACUGCGUCGAUCUACUGGAGAAACUGGCGGAGGACGUGGGGUUUGACUUCGACCUGUAUAUUGUAGGCGAUGGCAAGUAUGGUGGGUUUAAGAACGGACGCUGGACAGGGCUGGUGGGGGAUCUUCUCAGCGGAGCGGCCCACCUGGCCGUCACAUCUUUCAGUAUCAACUCGGCCCGGAGCAGGGUUAUAGACUUCACCUCCCCGUUCUUCUCCACCUCUCUGGGCAUCCUGGUACGGACCCGGGAUACGGCCGCGCCCAUCGGGGCAUUCAUGUGGCCCCUGCACUGGUCCAUGUGGCUGGGGAUAUUCGUCUCGCUACACGUUACUGCCUUGUUCCUGACCAUCUACGAGUGGAACAGCCCGUUUGGAAUGACGCCGCGAGGAAGGAACAGAGAUAAGGUGUUCUCCUUCUCCUCGGCUCUGAACGUCUGCUAUGCCAUCCUGUUUGGCCGUACAGCUGCCAUUAAACCUCCUAAGUGCUGGACGGGGCGGUUCCUCAUGAAUCUCUGGGCUAUCUUCUGCCUGUUCUGUCUGUCCACCUACACAGCCAAUCUGGCCGCCGUCAUGGUGGGGGAGAAAACCUUCGAGCAACUCUCAGGAAUACACGAUCCAAAGCUUCAUCACCCAUCACAGGGGUUCCGCUUCGCCACGGUAACAGUGGAUUACCUGAAGAAAAUUCCAGAGAUGCACGAAUACAUGAGCUCAUCACCAGCAACCCCAGAUGGAAUAGAACAUCUGAAGCAUGAUCCACAGCAACUGGAUGCUUUCAUCAUGGACAAGGCCUUACUAGACCACGAGGUGUCUAUAGAUGCAGAAUGCAAGACACUCACUGUGGGGAAACCAUUUGCAAUUGAAGGUUACGGCAUCGGCCUGCGCCAGAACUCCCACCUGACCUCUAAUAUCUCAGAGCUGGUGAGCCAGUACAAGUCUGACGGCUUCAUAGACAUGCUACAUGAUAAGUGGUACAAGGUGGUGCCCUGUGGGAAACGGAGCUUCGCAGUCACAGAGACCCUACAGAUGGGCAUUAAGCAUUUCUCAGGCCUGUUUUUGAUGCUGUGUGUCGGGCUCGGUCUGUCUCUCCUCACCACCCUGGCUGAACACAUAAUCUACCGCUUUGCCAUACCCAGAGUCAAGGAGCCCAAGUUCAAGUACUGGCUGCAUACUAGUCAGAGGUUACAUCGAGCAAUGAACUCAUCUUUCAAUGACGAUAAACUGCAGACUGUAGCCAAGCCAGAAAGGUAA